UUCUACAGGAUCUUCUCUUGCCCUGGUACCUCACUGAACCGAGCCUAGUGUAAGUUCUUGGAACGAAGGUCACUCAAGGAUAAAAGAAUGUGUAAGGGUCCAGAGGUUUGAAACCGCUGGUGGCUUGUAAAUAUGUGGUAUGGAGGGAUCUGGGAGUGGACACCUCAGUGUUGAAGUGCAAAAAUAAGUGGCGUUAGUUAAAAUAAAACUCGGCACGCAGUCCCACCUCUGCAGGAGGCGGAAGCCUAGCGGCCCGUUUUGGUUUAGAGCUCUGGGGCAAGCCGAGCCGAGAUCCGAAGCGGACGCCACCGGAAGUGUCCUUCCAGGGGCGACCAAGCCAGGCCUUCGGCACUAUGAGCGCCAGCACGGAGCCGCUAACGCGGCGGCCCGGAGUCGGGGUCGGAGUGGUUGUGACCAGCUACAAGCAUCCUCGAUGCGUCCUGUUGGGCAAGAGGAAAGGGUCCUUUGGAGCCGGCAGUUUCCAGCUUCCUGGGGGCCAUUUGGAGUUCGGAGAGACUUGGGAAGAAUGUGCUCAGAGGGAAACCUGGGAAGAAGCUGCUCUUCGCCUGGAAAAUGUCCGCUUUGCUUCAGUGGUCAAUUCAUUUGUUGAGAAAGAGAAUUACCAUUAUGUCACUAUACUGAUGAAAGGAGAAGUUGAUAGGACCCAAGACCCAGAACCAAAGAAUGUAGAACCUGAAAAAAAUGAAAGUUGGGAGUGGGUUCCGUGGGAAGAAUUCCCUCCUCCAGACCAGCUUUUCUGGGCACUCCGCUGUUUGAAGGAGCAAGGCUAUAAUCCAUUUACAGAAGAGCUGAGCCAUCUGGAAGGAUACAAAGGAAACCAUCUCCAGUUCACCAAAAAGAUUCUUUGAAUCUCUUUUGAAUUUCUUGAAUCUUCUUGAAUCUCAACAGGUAUCUGGCAGUUCCCAGGAGCCUUUCAGGGUAUUCAAGGCCAGAACUGUAUUUAAGGCAUGUAACUUUUCACUUUUAUUCUCAUGAGUGUACAGAGAUGUCCAGAGCCUGGCUGUAUGGUAUUGUAACAGACCAGAUACAAAAGCAAAUAUGAGAAUCAGCUGUCAGAACUAAGCCAGAUAUAAAACUGUAAAGCCAGAAUACCCUUCUCACUGAUGAACUUUUUUGUUUUAGAAAAAAUUAUUUUUCAGAAAACUUAGGUUAACAUGUUGUUACUUGGUUAAUAAAAAAAACUUAUUUUUUUUACUAAGCUA